GGGGAAUGUGCGAUCUGAAAUCUCCAUCUGUCUGCCACAGCGACGGUCGUGAUGUCAUGCUGGGGCUAUGCUAGCCAUAUAUGGUUAGAAGGGUCUCCAGGUAAGAGGCAACAAUUGGAGCAGUCCAGACGACCACUCAUGAGCCUCCAACCUGCAACGUCUAAGUUUUCACACAACCGAGCCAGACACCGCCUGAUACCCUCCGACGACGGAUUCCACUGUCAACACCAUGUCCUCAACUUAGGGGGUAUCCCAAUACGGCAUGCCAUCUCCCGAUGUUCCUCACUCUACAGCGGAUGUCAACAUCGGUACUGUUCCGACACAUAUCCACGCUUGCGCGGUACGAAGGGCCCAGGCGCAGCCCUGGCUUGUACGCCCCCUGCGCGUCUACGGCCCAGUCGUCUCCAUCUUUAGUUUUGACGACGCGCCAAGAUGGAUACGGCAGAUGGAUAUCGACAGCUUGAGAAGAAGUUCGAUUGGUGGCUCAUCGUUGCUGCCUUCUUUGUCUCGUUCCUCGGCACCUUUACUUCCACGCAGCUCAUGAUCCAAGCCCAGCUAUCAUCGAAUUUCUUCACCGUCUUCACAUGGAUCGCGCUUAUCGGUUUGACGUUUGGCUUCUGCGCGUCUUGGAGUCUGCAUUUUGUCGGCAUGCUGUCUUGCAAACUCGACUUACCCAUCAAAUUGGAUGUCGGCUUGACCCUGCUCAGCGCCGUCCUUGCAGUCAGCUUCACCUUUGCCUCACUUGGAGCCGAGUUGUUAUGGAAGCGCUAUAACAGCAAUAAGCGGCAGAACGCUGCCCACCGCCGACCGACUCGCCGCGUGACGGGGAGUGCGGAUCUUGAAGACGCGGACUCUUCCAGGGGUCUUCUGGCGGACGGUCCCAUGAACGGUAUCGGCGGGGACGGGGCCGACGGAGAAGGGAACGAUUCAAUUGAAAUUGGCCGAAUCGAUGCGCUUCCAGAGCAGGCUGGAGUCUUCCCUACAGUCGGUCCUUCCGGCAUGUCGGUUCCCCGCCGCGGAUCGCCCGAGUUUCGUCGUCGUGAUUCAGACCCCUCGUCGAGUGGGCCUCGAGGCUCGGGGUCGCAGUCGGAUUUGAGGAUCGGAUCAGGUCAGCUUGAUCUCAAGAGCAUGGCUGAUCACGGAGCUGCCCCGACACAGAAUGCAUUCGUCGCAACUUAUUACGGCAUCCUGAGUGGCAUGAGGUGGAGAGCUGUCGGGAUGGGGCUCGUCUGGUCGCUUUCGUUGACGUGCAUGCAUUACGGGGGCUUACUCGCGAUGAACAUUCCGGAAGGCCGGCUAACCUUCAAUCCGGUAUUGGUGAUCCUCUCCGCCAUCAUUUCUUGGGUGGUAUGUGUUGCGGGAUACAUCUACAUGGUCAACAUCGAACCCCAUCUCAGCCAGCAGGUGCUCUUCUCUGCCAUCGCGGCUUCAGGCAUAGCUGCCAUGCAUUUCACAGGCUUACGAGCAACCACUUUCUGGUCUCGAGUUCCACCUGCUCAGGUUGGAGGAUAUCCUCUACAGCUUCCGAUCGCAGUUUGCACCGUCGCCAUCCUCACCUGUACCUUGGCCAACGGUCUGUUGGCGCAUAAUGCGACAGUCUCACGCAACAAACUUGCAGAGAUCGUCUUGACACGGCGAAAGCUGUGGCGAGCUCUGGCACAGAAAGAGAAUGCAGAACUGGCUGCAGCUGCGAGAAGCAAUUUCAUCGCAUCAGCUUCUCAUGAGAUUCGGACUCCUCUUCAUCACCUUCAAGGCUAUAGCGAUCUGUUAUCGAAGGCCAACCUGAGUGAUGAUGCGCGUCAACUCGUCUUGUCCAUUCAAAAUGCGACAAAAACAUUGUCUUUGAUUACAAACAACGUUUUGGAUUGGUCGAAGCUGGAGAGCGAUCGAGACGCAUCCUGCCGCCUGGCACCUUCAGAUAUGCGAUCGGUCUUCGAAUCCAUCUUGGUCCUUCUCCCUCACCAAGACGAACAAAACGACGUCGAAAUUCUGGCCGUGGUCGCACCAACUGUGCCGGAAACCCUCCUGCUUGACGAGGCCUACAUUCAGAGGAUUCUAAUGAACUUGCUUUCGAACGCUCUCAAGUUCACCAGCAGUGGCUUUGUCAUGCUGAGUCUGGAGAUGGACGACGGUGACCUGAUCGCCAAAGUAACGGACUCUGGUGCGGGCAUUCCGUCUUCCUUUAUUCCCCGGCUCUUCGAGCCAUUUUCCCAGGGAAAAACUCGCGGGACACAAAGAGGGACUGGCCUUGGUCUUAGCAUCGUCAGGCAACUCCUUUACAAAAUGCAAGGCGAUAUCUCCGUGGAAAGCCGACACGUGGACGAUGGGUUCAGCCCCAGUGAAACGGGGACGACCUUCACGAUUCGGAUACCAGUACAAAUGUCACCAACUUCUCAGCCAUCAACAGGACAGAACAUUGAGCCGAGUACCGUCGCGCUGUUCUCACCACCUCCGCGCUUACUAGACGGGCUCCAAACAGCGUGGCAGCUUUUCGGUUACGACGUAGUAGUCGUCAACCACUUCUCCGAAUUGGCAAAUUACGAAAUCAAAUAUGCAUGGGCCGACUUUCGGUACCUGGCAGAGGAUGCCGAAUGCUUGCGGCACUUGCUGAGUCAAGCGAGCCUCACGACAUUCGUGCCGUUUGAGCACCAGGAGUCACUGCAGCACCUUCCUGGCGUACUUUCGGCGCCACAUUUUGUGCCACUCCCGAAGCCUCUCAUAUGGCAUACGUUCUACAAGCGUAUUGCGAUAGCUGCUCAUGCCGCUGCUGCUAUUAGAGCCUCUUCGCCGUCGGCGGAGAUCGGCCCGAAGACCCAGCUAAGGAACGGCGUGGAGAGACAGCUUUCCCAUGAGGAAAGUCCGACAGCUGGGACCGUCAACAUCCUCUUGGUCGAGGAUAAUGCGGUCAACCAGAAGCUGUGUAUCAAGAUGCUCUCCUCUCUGGGAUACUCUGUCUUGCUCGCCAAUGAUGGCAACCAAGCAAUCGAGCAGACCAUGAAGCACGAUAAAAUUAUCGACUUGAUCCUCAUGGACCAGUCCAUGCCGGUAAAAGACGGGAUAUGUGCCACGCGAGAGAUUCGCGUUCUGGAGCACAGCGGCAAACUAUCCAAAAGGCAUCCCAUCAUUGCCUUGACGGCUGUGGUGAGCACAGAGUCGAGGGCACAGUUUAAGAGCGCUGGUGCCGACGACUUUCUUGCGAAACCGUUAUCGUUCGCAAAGCUGGAACAGACUCUGGCCACAUUUCUAAGGAUUGAGUAAUAUGAAGCGUUAUUGUAUUGUACCCAGUUGUUACGAGCGAUGUCCAUGUAUAUACGAAGUCAGAUAUUCGCCCAAUGUUUGGGCACCAGGCCACACCAUGCUUCCAUGUAGGGAACAGACUUAUAGACCAUUUGGAGAGACUGGUAAUUCGCCAAGUUAGCGGGGACCUGGCGAGACGUGAUAGAGGAAGAGGCAGGAGAUGGUUGGACUGUCUUGGAUAUCUUGAUCAAACGGCGGGACCGGGUCAAGGUGAAAAUCGAGGGAGUUCUCCGCGAGUGAUUUUCAUUGUGAUCGGGCGCUACAUGAUUGGGAAAAGAAGCCAGGAGAGACAUUCAGCAAUAUCUGA